AUGACCGACACCUACCAACACAUACACACAUACCAAUACAAACCCCCAUAUCACACUAUCACGGCUUCGUGGAGCAACAAGUCUCAACUGCAAACAACACUCGACGAUGCCUAUCCAGCGUGGACCUUUGACGGCCUGGGCACUGGCAGGUGCUUUUUAUACGGGACAUUUUAUGACAAG